UUGGGCAAUUGUGGUUUCCUCCGUGUGCUCAGGCGAGUCUGCCCUGCCCUAACCCAGCCUGGGGCAUUCGCUGCCUGGCAUGGAAGAGUCAAUCCGGCAGCCCUCCGUGUUUGUGAUAGAUGGACAGACAGACAUCCCAUUCAGGAGGCUGGGACACCGCGCGGGGAGACGGCGCUGCAGCGCUGCCCAGGGGUGCCUGGCGCUGCUGAUGCUGCUCCUGGGCGCCGGGCUGGCAGUCCAAGGCUGGUUUCUACUGCAGCUGCACCGGCACCUGGCAGAAGUGGUCACCCACCUGCCGGAUGGAGAUCCAGGCUCCUGGGAGAAGCUGGUGCGAGAGCAAAGAUCCCACCUGGCCAAGCCAGCUGCACAUCUUACAGGGGCCAACACCAGCUUGACGGGCAGUGGCGGCCCACUGCUGUGGGAGGCCCAGCUGGGCCUGGCCUUUCUGAGAGGUCUCAGCUACCACAAUGGGGCCCUGAUGACCCCCAAGGCCGGCUACUAUUACGUCUACUCCAAGGUGCAGCUGCGGGGCGUGGGCUGCCCCCAGGGGCUGGCCAGCGGCCUCCCCGUCACCCACGGUCUCUACAAGCGCACACCCCGCUACCCCAGGGAGCUGGAGCUGCUGGUCAGCCGCCGGUCCCCCUGCGCCCGCUCCCCGGGCUUCCGCGUGUGGUGGGACAGCAGCUUCGUGGGCGGCGUGGUGCACCUGGAGGCUGGGGAGGAGGUGGUCGUGCGGGUCCCCGGUGAGCGCCUGGCCCAGCUCUACGACGGCGUCCACUCCUACUUCGGAGCUUUUAUGGUGUGAAGGAAAUCGAAGCGUUGGUUGGAAUGGAAGGGACUCAUAGCUGGCCCUGAGGGUGGCAGACUGGGGGGCGGCAGAGGGCUCCACAGGAAGCUCAGCCAGCAGAGAUCACCGAGGAGCCCCCUCCUCCUUUCACAACAGCCCCCCCCCAAAAAAACUCUACCAAGACCUCAGCAACCUGAAGGAGUUGAAAACCCAGCAGAACCUUCCAGAAAACCCACACAAGCCACAGACCUCACACAGACAAUCCUAAAGACAAUGACCUGGAGACUUGUGGUGGGCAGUUCGUAGUCCCUGCCCCCCCCUGCUCUCCCCUCACCCCCGAAAUGCUUGGAAGAGCUCAUUUGCCUGAUAUUCAGGCGAAAGUGCUGGAUAUGUCUGCUUUGACUAGAGAAGCCAGAAGGACGUGGGAUUCCAGGAUUUGGAGAGUUGGAGAAGGGAAACUGAGUCAGCCUCACUGUGGUCACGGGGGUGGCUAGCUGGAGAGAUUUGUCACCAGGGCCUUGCACACCGCCCAGCUACACACAGUCACUAUCUCUGUCUUACCCACGCACUCAUGUUGGCCAAUUCCCAUGCUGGGAAUACUUCCACCGUGGUGACUUCCAGUUGCCAAGGCAGCGCAGGAGCUGCGUGACACAGUGAUGUGGCCACCAGCCUGGCCACUCAGCCUGGGGGAAGAGGGGGGGCAGCAUGGAGCAGGGCACUGGGAAGCAGUGGCUCACGCCUGUCAUCCCAGCUACUCAGGAGGCCGAGAUCUGAGGAUCACAGUUCCUAGCCAG